AUGGAGUACAUGGAAGGGAUUGCAAAUCAAGUGAUGGAUUUGAUCAAAGCUUGCAAAGAGCCGACGGUGCACGGGAUCUUUCCCAAUCCUUUUUCCGAAUUCCCCAUAUGCAGAUUCAAGCAUCAAAUGAUCUGUGAGCAUUGCUACCUGGCAGCGAUGAGUAGCUUGCCGGAUAGGCUUUUCGCCUUAGGCAAUGAACCUGAGAAUAAGAAGGUCAACACUUACUUUCAGCUGAAUUAUAUUGACACAAUCACUUGCGCUUUGGAAGAAGACCAUUUGGAGAAGCUUUCCUCUUCCCAAUUUAGCAAAAUUAUAGAGACUGGAAACAAGAUUUCAUCUUCAGUGAGAUUCCUGCAUUUCAUGUUAUCUAGGCAGUUGGUUACAGCAAAAAAGAAAGAGUUGUGGUGUCUCUUUGCUGGUCAGCCCAUUCGGUUCUCAAUUCGUGAGUUUGCAAUUGCAACCGGCUUAGAUUGUUCGAAGUUGCCUCCACAGCGUGAAUUAAACGAGAGGAAGCUGAGUAAGCAGACGAAGAAGUUAUUUGGGUCAAGUGCGAAUGCAACUCCUGGGUGGAUAGCGAGCACACUUUCUGGCAGACCAUACAAGGACAAGGAAACCAGAUUUAAGCUCGCAUGCCUACUCCUCAUAGAUGGUGUGUUGUGUCCCACGUCUAGAAACGCUAGGAUAAGUGGCGACCACAUCUUAAUGGUUAAAGAUGUUGACAACUUCCUUGAAUAUCCUUGGGGUCGUAAAUCAUUUGAUUUGACCAUGGACUGCAUCAGAAGUAAGACAGAUACCCCUUCAAAUUUCCUCCAGCCCACUUGUGCUUUUCAGGGUUUUUUACAUGCACUACAGAUGGUGAUUUUGGAGUGUGCGCCUACUAUAUUGGUGAAGGAUGUUAAGGGUAAGGGUAAAUCGGUAGGAGACGAUGAAGACGAAGAGGAUGAAUCCCCGCUUAUACGUCCUGGUGGUGCGAAGCCAGUGAACAUAUCAAUGCCUCAUGUGAAGCAUCUUGAUAAGGACGUAAAGGUGAAGGUGAAAGCAAUUUUACCUGACGAUGAGAACUUGUUUGCUGAAACCGAGUUGGGAAUUGAUGAUGAUGUCUCCGACGAACGCGUAGACAACUUGCUUGCAGCAAUUUCACGAGGUGACAAAUUUACCAGGAAAUCAUGGAAUGGUGGUCAAAAAGCAAGCCUUCAUAAAAAGCAGGAGAAGACCCAAGCCUCAUCUUCCCGUAGCACACCUUGCGAGGGUCCUUUAAAGGAUUCUGAUUCCUCUGCAAUUCUGGACAAGCUCGAUGUUUCACAGUCUUUGAUUUUACAGGAGCUCAAAAACCUCCGAGAAGAUUUCGGCAAUCUCCGUUCAGAAGUUUCCACAGCAUUGUCGAACUUCAAGCUUGCAAUUUCUGAUAUACAAGGGCAUAAACCGAAAGAAACUACAACCGGAGAACCAAAAAAAUCUGCCACCGGGCAAGCAAAGAAAUAUUCCACCGGGAACUGA